AUGUUCGGUGCUCCAAACGGCCUCUGCUUGUCAAUCACGGAAUCAAAACAUAUCAAGGCGGUAAAGCAACCAUGGCGACGUUCAAGCAAGUACAACACGCUCAGCCAGAUGCUCCUUACCAAUCAGCGCCUGGACAAAGUCGCAGCAGCAAGAGUUGAUUUCACAACAUGCAGCAUGCUCAAAGGGUCUUGUGCCUUCAGCUACUACAAUUCAUUUGUUGAGAAUCCCUCAUAUAUCAGCAACGACGAUGGAGACCCAGAGGUCCAACAGAACCGAGUGCAUGCAGGAAGCAAUCCCUUUGCUAUCGAGAGUGACAACUUUGAUGAUGUCGAGGAUCAGGGUGUUGUAGAUGACGUGGACGUCAUUGCUGAUGUGCAAUUAGUGCGGACUUUUCAACGAAAAUGCGCCCGUACCGUUGCUGAUCUCACAGACGAACUCGACAUCCCAUCGUUCCCGACCUUCAUUCAUCUCUUCCUGUACGACCAAAUACACACGGACAACCACCAUUCUUCUGCCAACGUCCCACUUCGCGACUGUCCAUCCUACACGGGACCAAUCAAGAUAUUUCAUUCAGCCGCUGCAACAUUUAUCGCACCCAGUGAUCCGAGUGGAAUCACUGUUCAAUGGUUCCAUCGCAUCGCCGAGGAACGAGACAAGCUCACAGGAAUGUGGAUGGUGGCACUAGUGUUUUAA